AUGUCGUCGAUAGCGGGCGUGAGCGAGUGUCCGGGGAAGGCCGGCCAGUACCGGGUGGAUCACCUCCUCAGCGCCGUGCAAAGUGAGCUGCAGGCCGGCAGCGAGAAGGGGGACCCCACGGAGAGGGAGCUGAAACUCUCCUUGGACGAGAGCCAACUUUGGGGCAAAUUUAAAGAGCUCACCAACGAGAUGAUCGUGACCAAAAACGGCAGGCGCAUGUUCCCCGUGAUGAAAGUCAACGUGUCCGGACUGGACCCGAACGCCAUGUACUCUUUAUUGCUGGACUUUGUAUCCGCGGACAAGCACAGGUGGAAGUACGUGAGCGGGGAGUGGGUCCCCGGGGGGAAGCCCGAACCGCAGACCCCCAGCUGUGUCUACAUCCAUCCGGAUUCGCCAAACUUCGGCGCGCACUGGAUGAAAGCGCCCGUGUCUUUCAGCAAAGUCAAACUCACCAAUAAACUCAACGGAGGAGGUCAGAUCAUGUUAAACUCCUUGCACAAGUACGAGCCACGCAUCCACGUCGUGCGCGUCGGGGCCCCGCGCAGGAUGGUCACCAGCCAUUCUUUCCCAGAGACGCAAUUCAUUGCAGUGACGGCCUACCAAAACGAAGAGAUCACUGCUUUGAAAAUAAAGCACAACCCGUUUGCCAAGGCCUUCCUGGAUGCAAAGGAAAGAUGUGAUGACAAAGAUAUCAAAGAUGAAACGAGUGAGCACCAGCAGUCAACGUAUUCAGCAUUAGGUGGUUGGUUUCUGCCCGGAUCAGGCUCCCUGUGCCCUUCUGCUGCUGCGAGUCCUCACGCUCAGUUCGGAAGCCCCAUCUCCCUCUCGCCCUCCCACGGCUGUGAGCGCUACGCCACGCUGAGGACCCACCGCUCGGCGCCCUACAGCACCUCUUCUUACAGCCAUCGGACUAACUCGCCUACAAGUUAUGCGGAUAACUCCUCAGCAUGUCUGCCAAUGCUGUCAAGUCAAGACAACUGGUGCGGUCUCCAGAUGCCAACACACUCCAGCAUGAUGUCCAUGACACACAGUCCAACCUCUGCUUCCAACUCCAGUCAGUACACCAGCCUGUGGUCCAUGAGCAAUGCACCGCUGACCCCAGUCACCCCGGUGUCCCACCAUUCGGGGGGGAUGAACAACAACAACAACAACAACAACCUGAGCUCCCAGUUCCUUCGAGGCUCCAGCGGUCACUAUCCCAACCUGGCUCACUCGGUGCCAGCGCCCUCCUCUGGCUCCCCCAUGUACGACAGCAGCAGCACAGACGGCGUGCACGACUCGGCUCAGUACGAUGCCUCUCUGCAGCGACAUUCUCCAGCCUGGACUCCUGUCACGCUCCCUUCCAUGUGACGGAGCAAAUAGACUGCAGUUCAAUGCUUUAUACAGGACUCUUUUGAAAGGACAUUUCUCAGGCUCAAGGAGAUAAAUUGGAGAUAUUUAAAUGCUAAAAUGUUACAUUUUGUAUGUAUGUACUUAUAGAG